GCCGCGGAGGAGCCUUCUCGGUGCGGGGAUCCAAGUCAACUGGUAACAAGGGAGUACACAGUGUUAAUUGGGUCGAUACAGAGUGAAUUCAAAUAGCAGCUCGAAUGAGAAUAAACGCUUGAGGUGGACGAAAGAAUACCAUGUUCAGGGGUGUCCAAUAAGUUUUAAAUUAGACACAGGUGCAGACGUUAAUUGCAUCCCGCUGAAAUUGAUGAAGAAUAUGAACAUUCCUUUAAAUAAAAACAAUCUAUAUCUUGUUACUGAUUACAACUCUAACGCAAUACAAAUCCAUGGAAGAGUGGAACUACCUUGCUAUGACCCUUACACUCGUAAAACUAAAACAGCUCCAUUUUUGGUAGUUGAUAGCGCAUGUGAACCCUUGAUUGGAUUGAAAUCGUGUAUUGACUUUGGUUUAGUAUCUCGUCUCGAUAGUAUUAAAACUAAUAUCCCCUGUGAUUUAGAUACCCUGUUGAAAUGUAACAGCGAUCUCUUCGAAGGUCUGGGUAAAUUUCCGGGUACAUGUACCAUACAACUAAAAGAAAACUCUAUCCCUGUUCUCCAUUAUAAAAAACGUAUUCCCAUGAGUCUUCAUGAACGUCUUAAGGUUGAUUUGAAUUCAAUGGUUCAAGCUAACAUCAUAACCCCAGUCGACUACCCAACAGAUUGGGUAAACAACAUGCAAAUUGUUGAGAAACCAAAUGGCUCUUUGCGUAUUUGUUUAGAUCCGAAACCGUUAAACGCUUGCAUCAAAAGAGAACAUUUCUUGAUUCCUAAGGGUGAAGACAUUCUAUGUCGAAUGAGUGGCAAGCAAAUAUUCACAGUGUUAGAUCUGCAAAAUGGGUUCUGGCAGAUGGAAUUAGACCGCAAAAGCUCUGAUCUUACCACUUUCAUGACACCUUUUGGUCGAUUUCGUUGGAACAGGGUUCCAUUUGGAAUUAGUAGUGCUCCUGAAAUGUUCCAAAAAAGAAUGGUUCAACUGUUUGGAGACAUACCCGGUGUGGAAGUAUAUUUUGACGAUAUUUUGAUCGCAGGGAGUGAUUUUACUGAGCAUGAUUGCAUACUGACAAUCGUUUUACAGCGCGCUAGGGAUAACAAUAUCCGUUUCAAUUCGUCCAAAGUACAGUAUCGAACGAAAAGAGUCAAGUUUAUGGGCCAUAUAAUUACAGCAGGUCAGGUCGAACCAGAUCAAUCGUAUAUUCAAGCAAUCAUCAACAUGCCUAAACCACAAAACAAAUCUGACGUCCUAAGAUUAUUGGGACUUUUCAAGUACCUAGGAAAAUUUAUUCCCAACCUUUCCCAGCGUACUGCUUCUUUACGGAACUUAACCAGAAAUGAUUCUGUUUGGGAGUGGACAGAACAUCACAACUCAGAAUAUGAAAACUUGUUGUCUUCUAUUACUACGACUCCCGUAUUGUCUUUAUUUGAUCCUCGUCUCCCAAUAGAAAUUCAAACUGAUAGCUCGAAACAUGGUUUAGGAAGUGUCAUUCUACAACAGGGUCGACCAGUGGCGUAUGCAUCACGAACACUAUCUGGCAGUGAGCAGAAAUGGGCCCAAAUUGAAAAGGAACUCUUGGCCAUAGUAUUCGCAUGUGAGAAAUUUCACCAUUUCCUUUACGGAAGAAAUUUUAAAGUGCAGUCAGAUCACAAGCCUCUAGAAACACUAAUCAAACGAGAUAUAGAUGAAGUUACACCUAGGCUUCAACGCAUGUUCCUCCAUUUGUUAAAAUAUCCUGGGCUUUCCGUAGUGUACACACCUGGCAAGGAUAUGUUGAUCGCUGAUUGCUUGUCACGAGCUCCUUUGAGUGAUAGCACCGACUUCGACGUUCAGCUAUCUGGUAUGGUGCACUCCCUUGCGGAACGAGCUUGCUUGUCGUUAGAUAAUUACCAGAUGUAUAUCGAAGCACUAAACAAAGAUGAACAAUAUCGUCGAAUUGUUUCAUAUGUCGAAAGUAGUUGGCCGCCAUAUCAUCAGCUAGACGAUUUAAGCCAGAUGUUCUAUAAAUACAAAGAUUGCUUGCAUUUUGAGGAAGGAUUAUUGUUUAAAGACCAUCGGCUGGUCAUACCAACAGUUUUACAGGAACGCAUAGCAAGAUGGCUACACGCACCCCACAUGGGUAUUGAGAAAACUCUAGCUCGUGCAAGGUGUCAAUUUUUCUGGCCUGGAAUGACGAAUAACAUCACGGAGCUUGUCAAAAGUUGUGAGGUCUGCGAGAGGUUCACGAGAAACAUACAAAAAGAACCUUUACAUCAACAAGCUGCUCCAGAAUACCCUUUUCAUUAUAUCGGUACGGAUCUUUAUGAAUACGCUGGGCAUAAUUAUGUAGUCGUUAUCGAUGCUUAUUCUGGGUUUAUUCUCUCUGAGAGUCUUCGCGAGAAAUCUGCGAGUCAUGUGAUUGAAGUCCUCGAUAAAAUGUUCUGUCGUUACGGAUAUCCUACUAUCAUUCGUUCCGAUAAUGUUCCUUUCAACUCCUCCGCCUUUUGUGAAUAUGCCAACAAAUGCAACUUGCAAUUUAAGUUCUCUAGUCCAAGAUAUCCACAAAGCAAUGGGUUGGCAGAGAAGGGUGUAGCUAUUGCGAAAAACAUAUUAAAGCGAUGUUAUGAGUCAGGUGAUAAAAAUACUUUUCAAUAUCGUUUACUGGAAUAUAAUACUACUCCGGUGGCAAGCAUGGGUUACUCACCAUCGCAAUUGUUUUUCGGUCGCAUGAUAAAAACACACCUGCCAAUUGCUCCUGAUCUACUGAUUAGGAAUUGUAUUGACGAAAAGGAAGUUCAGAAAAAGCGGAAACAAAAACGUGCCAAUCAAAAACUGUACUAUGAUCGUUCAGCGAAACACUUACCACCCCUGAACAUUGGUGAAAAGGUUAUUUUUAGAAAAAACGCAAAAGAAUGGCAUUAUGGAAUAGUAUAUCGUAUUGUAAAUGAAAGGUCUUAUGUCAUUAAAGAUUAUAUAGGAAAUUUCUUUCGUAGAAAUAGACGAUUCAUAGCGAAAACUCAAAACUCAGGUUUUGACUCUAGUGAUAUUUUGUUCGAAGAUCAUCUAGCAAAGCUAGUAAAUAACAAUGAAAAACAGAUACAAAUUGUACCAUUACCUAAUCAAUCUUCUCCAGAAAACUUGGCUGUUGAGCCAGAAGUUAUUGUAAAAGUUGAAAAUGAAAGUCCAAAUACAUCAAUUUAUUUCGAUGCCUAUGAAGAUAGUGAAAACAGUUAUGAUGUAAAGCUUGAGGUUGAUCCCAUACCGGAUAUAGAUCCACUUAUGUUAGAUACAUCUAUACACAAUGAUCAUCAGUCGUACAAGACCCGAAGUGGUCGCGUGGUUCGUCCACCCAAGCGGUAUGAGUUAGAUUAGUUAUCAGAAUGCUAUUGAAAUUUGUUAAAAGAAAGCGUGUAAAGAGUUAUCACCCAAUUAACCAGCAACACUGUACAGCCCUCAACCUAAGUACAUCCCUGUUUGUAUGUUGCUCGAGUCAGAACUAUAUCUGCAGCGUAAUUGUA